AUGGCACUAUUCCAGAUUGUAUCCGACUUGCACUUGGAGAGCCCUUCUGCAUAUGAAACGUACCCCAUCGAACGGAAGGCACCGUAUCUGGCUCUCCUCGGCGACAUUGGAAACGUCAAAGACGAGGGAUUUUUUAGAUUCCUCGUGGCGCAGCUCAAGGAGUUCGACCAUGUCCUCUUCCUUUUCGGUAACCACGAACCAUAUGGUUUCAGCUGGAAGGCCUCCGAGCAGCGGAUGGCGGCUUUCUGUAAGAAGGUCGAAGAGUGUCGCAAGAUUGAGACGGUCAACACGCCGGCGGACGGAAAGCUGGGUGAGUUUGUCUGGCUCAACCGGACCGUCUACGAAGUGAACAACGAUGUGACAAUCCUAGGCUGCACGCUGUUCUCCAAAGUGGAUCCAUCCAAGCAGGACGCCUUGUCCCAGGGCCUCAAUGAUUUUAUAAAGAUCAAUAAUGACUGUGAAAGCCCCGACAACAACGACAAAAAUCCACAGAAACAACGACAGAAAUUCGCAGCGAGGACAAAAAUCCCUGGUGGCAACAACAAGUUCCAUAAGACCGACAAGAAUGUCCCGAAGCCGGUGCGAGAGUCUAGUCUGAAACAGAUUGUAGCAUCUGGUAGACAGAUAAUGAAAUCACAAGGACAACGACAAAAUCCACAAGAUGAGGAUCAAGUCCCCAAGGAUGAAGUCCACAAGGACGACGACAAAGUCCACAAGGAUAAAGUGCCAAAGGACGACGACAAAAUCCACAAGGACGACAAUAAGACCUCCACGAUAGCGGCAAGGCCUACAAUAACGACAAGAGACCCCAGAUUCCAACGACGAAAUCCACAAUGUAGAGCCGAAAUCCAUGGGGAGAAAGAGAAGAAGAAGUGGACAGUUGAGGAACACUGCGCAGCGCAUAAAAAGGACCUAGAUUGGCUCAACGAGCAGGUGGGAGCAAUCUCUGAAAAGAAUCCGAAUCGCAAGAUCGUUAUCUUCACCCACCACAGCCCCAGCGUGGCCGACGGAACCUACGAUGAGGCUCACAAGGGGAGCGCCAUAUCGUCUGGCUUCUCCACCGACCUGUCCAAGGAAAUGUGUUGGAAUAAUCCGCAAGUCAAGCUCUGGGCUUUCGGCCACACGCACUAUAACUUCGACAUGGUUAUGGUGAGCCGCGGCACGGGCGGCGAUACCGGCGGUGACAUAGGCGGCGACACUAAAAACGACAUUAAGAAGAGGCUUCUCACCAACCAGAAAGGCUACUAUGCCUAUGAACAGCGUUCCAGCGGUCUCCCAUUCUGUCCGGAAAAGGUCUAUGAUUUGAACAAUGUUUUUGGCGACGACCCUGAAGACAAGACUGAAGACAAGACUGAAGACAAGACUGAAGACAAGACUGAAGACAAGACUGAGGACAAGACUGAGGACAAGACUGAGGACAAGACUGAGGACAAGACUGAGGACAAGACUGAGGACAAGACUGAGGACAAGACUGAGGACAAGACUGAGGACGAGAUUGACCCAUCCUUUAAAGACUUCCUUGAUAAUCUAUUUGGAAAACGAAAAGAUAGUUCUCCAGCGGGAACGGCGCCCUCUUACGAGCCAACAGGGAAGGACAACGACACGAUUUAUACAGGGACAGGUGACGGGCAAAAAGGCUGA